ACGGUACCCUCCCCUCCAGAGCUCCAUUCUAGUCAGCAGUCAGGGACUCUGGAUAGGACAAGACGUAGCAUCCACAGGACAGCUCAUAUGAUGUCCUUCUGGCCUCCUCCAGAUACGGAUGCUUCCAUUCGGAGGCUGAGGAGGAUGGCGGACCCCGGGAGCAGGAGAAACGGGCCAUCUCCUCCAUCCUGGGCACCUGGAUGGAUCACUACCCCGAGGAAUUUUUCCGCCCUCCAGACUUCACCAGCUUGAUGCUGCUGCGGGCGUAUGUAAGGAUCCACAUGCCAGGCUCCGAGCUGCAGCGCCGCGCCCGCCUUCUCUACUCAUGGCGGAAACACCCUUUGGUAGCAGCUCUAGAGCCCCGUCCAGACGUGCCUCGGGAGCGAGCCCCCGCUAUCUCUGUGGUGCCCACUGCAGCCUUGCAGCCCAGGCUGCCUGAAGCCACCAGUUCUCCUGGAGCUAAGCGCGUACGAGAAUCGGAGACCCUCACUGCAGCGUCCCCGCCAGGGCAGGAGGUACUCCCAGCUCUGGCUGAUAGUCAGGAGCUGGAAGAGCCACCUGCCCCUUUGGUGGUCCUAGAGCAUGAGCAGCCCUCAGCCCCAGCCGGCGGAGUCACGGAAGGGCUGGAGCAACCACCUGCUGCAGCUGAGCAACCAGCCUCAGCUCCCCAACAGCGGCUCAUGUCGGCUGCAGCCCCACAGGAUGAAUUCCCUCACCUCGACAUUGCGUUCUUUGUCAUGUUAGGAUUAGGCAUAGAGAUAUUUAGUGUACUUAUGUACUAUUGGCUUACACUUAACACAUAAAUUAAGUUUCAAAAAAUUUACUCUGAUCCUUUGAAAUUACAACUUCAAGUGUCAGUACGUA